GAGCGGGUAGUGUUUACAGCUCUGCUGCUGGAUGCAGUUGCAGCUGAUGUUACUGGGAGAGAACAAUGUUGUGCCAGGCGCCGUUGGAGUAAACACAGCAGUGGGUUUAAAGGUGAUUUUGCUCAUCAUCUCCCACCACUUCCUCCUCCCGUCUUCCAUUCAUGAGCAGCGUGGCUGAAUUUAACAGCGGCAGCCAUGGAUGACAAAGUCUCGGUGGGGAAGAUUAGCGUCUCCUCGGACUCAGUGUCCACUCUCAACAGUGAGGACUUUGUCCUUGUGUCCCGCCUGGGGGACGAGACACCCUCCUCCACUAAUAAUGGUAGUGAUGACGAAAAGACAGGACUGAAGGUGAUUUCUGAGGAAGGGGUCAGCUUUAAGAUUGUGGGGAAUGGAAGUGAACAGCAGCUCCAGAGAGAGUUAGAGGAUGUCCUAAUGGACCCAUCGGUAGCUGACACUGGGCACGGACCGGGAACAGGAAUGGAGAGCUUUGGUGCAGGGGGCCGUGGCCCUCUCCCCACGACAGCGUCACCUGUAGCGCCAGGCUCUGACCCCCUGAGUUCAUCCCCGCCCAAGUUGGAGAUAGUGCUGCCUGUUCAAACGGCACAGGAGAGUGAGCUGAAUGAGAGGUCGUAUCGCGGGGACGAAUCAUCAUCCGAUGGCAGCCCCAGCAGUCCCAUUCCAGAUGAGGACAGCGUUGUGUUCAGCCAGCUGACAUAUCUGGGUUGCGCAUCUGUUAACGCCCCUCGCAGUGAGGUGGAGGCCCUUCGUAUGAUGAGUAUUCUCAGAGGGCAGUGCCAGGUCCCACUGGACGUCACACUAUCUGUGCCAGGCGUGUCUGAAGGCACUGUCAGGUUGCUAGACCCAAACAACAGUACAGAGAUUGCCAACUACCCUAUCUACAAGAUUCUGUUCUGUGUGCGUGGUCAUGAUGGUACUCCAGAGAGUGACUGCUUCGCCUUCACCGAGAGCCACUACAAUGCUGAGAUCUUCAGGAUCCAUGUGUUCCGCUGUCAAAUCCAAGAGGCGGUCAGUAGGAUAUUGUACAGCUUUGCCACAGCGUUUCGGCGGUCAGCGAAGAAGGCUACUAUGUCAUCUCAGCUGGCCGCUCCACUCACCCCUGACAGUGACUUGUUUACCUUCACCGUCAGCCUGGAGAUCAGGGAGGACGAUGGGAAGGGUACCUUCAGUGCUGUCGCAAAGGACAAGGACAAGCAGAGCUUCAAGCUUCGUGCAGGAAUGGACAAGAAAAUAGUCAUUUAUGUCCAGCAGACUUCCAAUAAGGAACUUGCCAUUGAGAGGUGCUUUGGUCUACUGCUCAGCCCAGGGAAAAAUGUGAAGAACAGUGACAUGCACCUGCUGGACCUGGAGUCAAUGGGAAAGAGCUCUGACGGGAAAUCUUACAUCAUCACAGGAAGCUGGAACCCUAACACGCCUCAGUUCCAGGCUGUAAAUGAGGAAACGCCUAAAGAUAAAUUCAUGUACAUGACGACAGCAGUGGACCUGGUCAUCACAGAGGUGGAGGAGCCGGUCCGCUUCCUGCUGGAGACGAGGGUCAGAGUGUGCUCCCCAAAUGACAGGCUGUUCUGGCCCUUCAGCAAGCGUAGCUACACAGAGACCUUCUACCUUAAACUCCGCCAGAUGGAGCGUAAGGAGCGUAAGAGUCCUGCCUCCGACACUCUUUAUGAGGUGGUGAGUUUGGAAAGUGAGACAGAGAGAGAGAAAAGGAAGACCACAGCUAGUCCCGGCAUCCUGCCUACUGGGCCUGGUACCACGGUUCCUUCACCACCUGAGGAUGAUGAAGAGGAAGAUAACGACGAACCGCUACUCAGUGGAUCAGGUGACGUUUCCAAGGAGUGUGCAGAGAAGAUCCUGGAAACCUGGGGAGAAUUAUUAUCUAAGUGGCAUAUGAACUUAUCAGUGCGGCCCAGGCAGCUGCCAGCGUUGGUGCGGAGUGGUAUUCCUGAGGCUCUUCGUGGGGAGGUGUGGCAGCUCCUGGCAGGGUGCCACAAUAAUGACCACCAGGUGGAAGAGUACCGCACUCUAAUAACAAAGGAGUCCCCCCAGGACAGUGCCAUCACCAGAGACAUUAAUAGGACAUUCCCAGCUCAUGACUACUUUAAAGACACUGGAGGAGACGGACAAGACUCGCUCUACAAGAUCUGCAAGGCUUACUCUGUUUAUGAUGAGGAGAUUGGAUACUGCCAGGGACAGUCCUUCUUGGCUGCUGUGCUGCUGCUGCACAUGCCAGAGGAACAAGCGUUCAGUGUCCUGGUCAAGAUCAUGUUCGAUUACGGUCUCAGGGAUCUUUUCAAGCAGAACUUUGAAGAUCUACAUUGCAAGUUCUUCCAGCUCGAGAGGCUCAUGCAGGUGUGUGUGUGUGACACACACACACACACACACACACACACACACACACACCAAUACUGAAAACCAGAGCAUCUGGUAGAAGCAGAUCACUUACCAUAACAGUUGAGGAGGAGAAAAAAAAGAUCUGCUGCUCUGAUAAACAUGCAUCUCAUUCUUUUUUUUUCUCAGACAUCAAAAGAUGACCUGAUCCAGACAGACUUUGAGGGUGCACUCAAAUUCUUUCGCGUCCCAGUGCCCAAGAGGUACCGCUCUGAGGAAAACGCAAAGAAGCUGAUGGAGCUGGCCUGUAGCAUGAAGAUCAGCCAGAAGAAGCUGAAGAAAUUUGAGAAGGAGUAUCACACCAUCAGGGAGCAGCAGGAGCAGCAGGAGGCCCCUAUUGAGAGAUACGAGAGGGAGAACCGUCGUCUGCAAGAGGCGAACAUGCGUCUGGAGCAGGAGAACGACGACCUGGCACACGAACUCGUCAGCAGCAAGAUAGCUCUGCGUAAAGACCUUGACAACGCCGAGGAAAAGGCAGACGCCCUGAACAAAGAGUUGCUGCUGACCAAACAGAAACUCGUGGACUCUGAGGACGAGAAGAGACGACUGGAGGAAGAGUCUGCACAGCUGAAGGAGAUGUGCCGACGAGAGCUCGAUAAGUCUGAAUCAGAGAUUAAGAAGAAUGGCUCCAUCAUUGGAGAAUAUAAGCAGAUCUGCUCCCAGCUGAGUGAAAGACUGGAGAAACAACAGACAGCCACCCGAGGAGAGCUGGAGAAAAUCCGGUCCAAAGUAGAAGGCUGUGAGAAGUGCAGCAGCCUCUUCAACAAAGAGGGUCGUGUGCGGGCCGCUGUAACCACGGCGCCGGCCGGAGGGACUGAGGAGACCGACGAGGAGAAGGAGGGUUUGAAGAACCAGCUGAGGGAGAUGGAGCUGGAGCUCGCUCAGACCAAACUGCAGCUGGUGGAGGCUGAGUGCAAAAUCCAGGACUUGGAGCAUCACUUGGGUCUGGCCCUCAAUGAAGUUCAGGCCGCAAAGAAGACCUGGUUCAACCGAACGCUCAGCUCCAUCAAAACGGUCACUGGGACCCAGGGAAAGGAGACCACCUAACCGGAAAAUCCUCCCAAUCCAGCCAGUUACACCGACCGUGUGUGGAGCUCAGUGAAACUCACCACACUGAAAAACGCCUAAACCCUAACUGGGCCAUAUUUAACUUGAACACUGACAAUUAAAACCCAGGACGACCAUUACUACAGACUGUGUUACUUAUCAAAAAUGUCCUUGUGUCUCCCCCGCUCCCUCGCCUACUGAUCUAAUCACCCUCACCCAUUUCUCCCCCUCCUCACCCCAAAUGACUACAGCCGACCGUGCUGAUGAGAAGGGGUUUGAAAAACAUGAGAUAAAGUGCAACAGUACCAUUGUCCCCGGAGAGACAACACUUCCACCGGUCAAGAAAGAAAUGCAUUUUGAAAAUUGGAGAAUUGCUUCAUUAAUUUCUGUCUUUGUACUGCUGAUAUUAAAAAGUGGCAGAAGGAAGGACAUCUGGACUGACACUGUCCUCACAGGACAGAGAGAAACACACUCCGUCCUUCCUGACUCUUCUGCAUGCUCCCCUUAAAACUACUGGCACAAACCACCAGUCCCUGUUUUCGGUACGAGAGCUAAAAUACGCCUUUUCAAAACUGAGCUUUUUCUAAUUUACGUUGAACAAAACCUUUCUUUUUUUCUAUGUAUGUACACGAAUGUGCUUCUGUAAAGAGGAUGUAUGUGUGCGCGUGUGUACAAGUGCACAUGAUUUACUGUUUUGUGUUCUCUGUGUGUUUGUGUACAUGCGUGUGAGGCUGAAAAAAAAAACACGUUUGAGUGUGUAAACAUUUGACUGAAUAACGUUAAGCUGUGUGUGAAAGAGAGACAGAGCGUAAGUCCAAGGGAAAGAAAAAGCACUAAGGUUACGAGUGUGUGUGAGCGUUUGUGAGGGAGAACAGUACCCCCCCCCCCGCUGUGUCGUUUCCUUAAAUGUCCAAAUGUGUUUAUGAAUGACGCUAAAGAGAAGUUUGCUGACAAAGCCUUGAUCUGAAGGUCGAUAAAAGAUACUAGCUGAGAUGAAAAUGUAAUUUACAAUUUAAAAAAACAGAAGCUCAAAAGCUGUUGGACUGAAGCAGCAUAAAUGUCCUUCCAUUAAAUUUCAGACGUAAAACGUGCUCGAGGUUUUUGUUUGGUUCGGAUCUUCCAGCACAAAGAAACUUACAAAGCUCCCAAUCAGGAAAACCUCUGCAUGUUUUGCAACGUAUGUGUCUAUGUGUGAGAAACCCAGAAUGAUGCAAUGAUUGUUAGAAACCAUAAACACGGCUGAGGGAAGUGUGGUGUCAAAAAUGGAAAUCACUGAACAUUGCAAUUCUGUAUUUGAACACACCUCUCUCUCUCUCCCUCUCUCUGUGGGCGCCAGCUGCUCCGCGAUCUUUGACCCGAACUGUCACGGUUGUGUUUGAUAUGUUGUCGAGCCGUGUGACAUGUUGUGGUGUGUUUUACAACAGUUUUCACAGUUCACUCAGACCACUUGGAUCAGUGUGAACACCACACACAAGCACUGAAUUACAAACACAUGCAGAACACUCAGCGGCCUCUUCAUUCAGAAGUUCCCCACAAACACGUGGUCGAGACGUGUGGUUAUUGAUUGUGAAAAUAUUACCUUAUAUAUAUUAUAACCUUAGCUUAAAGGUUCAGUGUGUAGAAUGCAGUGACAUCUAGUGGUGAAGUUGCAUGUUGCAGCUCCCCCUCCUCUUCCAAACAUGAUAGAGAACAUGUGGCAUC